AUGAGGAAGACAUUACCAAAUACACCUAGGUGUACGGUCAAUAGUGAUCGACAGAAUGAAGAAGAUCAAAAUGAUUAUCCGCCACUUUUCAGUCUUCAUACGUGGACCAAAUCCGUACCGUUUUGUCACAGGGUUAAUCAGAUAAAGCCUUCCGGUUCAAUUGGCCGCAAUUAUAGACUGCAAUUGGAAAGACGUUUACGCAAAAUUAACGAAGCUCGCGAAAAAGGGCUAAAGGUAAAAAUUUUGGACGAACACAAACACGUUGUUAAAGAUUUGUUGUCUGGCAAGUAUCACGAAGAACGAUCAAAAUUGUUAACGAAAAGUAAAAAUAAAUCUGAAAAUAAAAAGCAACCACCUACGAAAAAGAAACUAUUGCCGCGAAGAUAUAGACCAUUUUUGCAAAAGUGCUGCGCAUUAAAUCCAGACGAACAACUGGAUAUUUUGAAAAAAAAAUGGAAAAAUAUAAAUUGUAACGAAACUCUAAUUAAUGAAGACGCUGAAAGGAUCAACUAUUACUUAAACGAAGGUAUUGCGGACGAUGCAUUCGAGCCAUACCCAAAACAAGGAUUGGAAAAAUUGAAAAAAAAUCGCGUUGACCAAAACCUUUUAGCAAAGCAUAGUUUUAUUGCGGCUAAAUUGGACAACGAAAUAUGCCAAAACUAUAGUAUGGCCAGUCGCAGAAUAAUAUUGGAUUACAUAUUGAUGGAUCCUGCUGAACUGAAAAGACUAAAAAUAACGAAAUAUCACUUACCAGAUUUUCCGAAAAUGGUUAUAAGAGGUCCGGUACCGUGGCACCAUAUGACAGCCAUCAAGAGUGAACAGCUCCGGCACAAAUUGUAUAUUUUCAAAGAGCCAAUUUUGUUGUUAAACAAAAUAUGGAAAAAGUAA